UUCUGUAACUCUUAGCAAUAAAAAAAUUGUUAGGUUACAUAACAACUUUUGCCGUUUGCACUAACAAUUGUGUGAUUCUCUAACUCUUGCUUAACAGCGAAAAACAGCUGAUUAUUCCUUUUUAUUUAAAAUGAUGAAAUGUGGCAUCUCAGUCGAGAUAAAUGUCAAAUAUGCGAAAAGUACAAAGAGGAAUAAGAAAAAAAACUUAUUUCCUUCCCGCGGAAACGGAAUUUUUAGCGCCAGCAACGUAUUGCAAUUUUAAAAGGAUGUCUAUCCAGCCGACGAAAAGGAGCCGUGCAUCGGGGGAGCAGUUAAGCGCGAUGCUUGACUUUCUGGGUGAAAACCCGAAUGUGGCGAGCGGCAAGUUCCAGAAGCUCCAUGGCAAGUUGGAGAACACCAAAAAGUGGGCAGAGAUGGCAGAUAAAUUAAAUUCUCUUGGGGGGGCUGCCAAAUCUGUGGAGCAAUGGCAAAAUGUCUGGCGCGACCUAAAAAGUCGAACAUCGACGCGAGUUCGUGAUCGUAAGAGGGAGCAAGCAUUGACGGGGAAUAUACCGCUUCAACAGCCUCCCUUGAACGAAUUGGAGAAGCGGGUAAUAGCUCUAGUGGGAAGCAGCUAUAUGGAGGGGCAACCGGAUGUCCAGGAGAAUAUUCCCAUGGAAGAGGAACUGCAAUUAACAUUGGGGGGCGGCGGAUGA